AAGUGGAGGGGAGGAGCAAAGGGCGGAAGUGGGUCUCGGUGCCCCAGGGACUGGGCCGAGCGGGGCGAAGCGGCGGCGAUGGGGGCGCACUUGGCCCGGCGCUACCUGUGGGACGCGGAGGUGGAGCCCGACCCGCUUCGGAUGCCCACCUUCGAGCCCACCUUCGGCUUCCCCGAGCGCAAGGAACGCGUGAUGAUAGCAACGCAGGAGCAGAUGAACGAUGCUCAGAUUCCUCUGGAUCAGCGUGAUUAUUGUGCGCAUUAUCUUAUUAAACUGAUGAAGUGCAAACGUGACAAAUUCCCUAAUAUCUUUGGGUGUGCACAUGAACGUCAUGACUGGGACUAUUGUGAACAUCUAGACUACGUUAUGCGCAUGAAGGAAUUUGAACGUGAGCGGCGUUUGUUAACUAGGAAGAAGCGAAUUGAAGAGAAGCAAAGAGCAGAAGCAGCCGCCACCUAAGUGGCUUCAGUGGGUCUCCAGGCCCCAUUUGUGGAAUCUUGUGUGGUUUGUUAUGCUGAUCAUAAUAAAGACAUUAUCUUAUGGCU